AUGGAGGAGUUGGAGCUGAUUCGCUGUGACAGUCUGGACACGGCCUCACUCAGUGACCAGGACCUACCGCUGACGUUGGGCUCAGAGGCUCUGGAGCUACCUGCAGGCCCAGAGCCCAGCCCCACGGAGCUGGCCCAGUGCGAGGCCGAGGUGGGAACACUGCUCACCAUCAUCGCAGAGCUCAACAAGAAGAUGGGCUCACUCAAGGCUCCCAGUGAUCCUGGAGGAGUGAGAGCGUCUGCUGUCUCCAGGCCUCUGGUUCCUGACCUGUUGUCUCACAGACUCAAACAGCCGGAGAGGACUCGUCUGGAGAGUGCUUCAUCCAAACCUGCUUUCAUGGACCAAGGUGCAGUGUGGUGCAGGCUGCAGGAUGUGCUGUCUUCAGUGGAGGAGUCCGUGAGCUUCAGGAGGUCCUGGGCUGCUCCCAUCACCGCGGUGGAUCUGAACAAGCACCGGGAGCACCUGAGAGCGGCCCAGCGUAGCUCCGCCAAGGCCAGUCAGAUCCUGGAGGACAUGGAGAGGGAGUUUGGCAUCUCCUGCACCACAGUGACCAAGGAGGAGAACAGCCGGCAGAACCAACAGGAGGUUCUGGAGCGGGCCCACUGCGUCAGCCUGAUGGAGGAGGACCGGGACAAGUUGGUGAACUUGCACAGAGUCUGGAGGUCUGGGCCACACUCUCCCUCCUAUAGACCCAGAGUUGGGUCCAGCUCUGGGUCCAUGAGUCCAGACUGGGCCUCCCCCCCGUACCCCGGCUCUCCUCUGCCCCAGCGCAGGGCGACUCGAGGACCUGCAUCUCUGUGUGGGACCAGGGACUCCGGGAACAUUCCAUGUAGCAGCCCCGUAGACCCAGAGGUGGAGACUGACAGACUGAACAGGUUUGAAGAGAUCUCUAUUCUUCUGCUUUUCUCAGAGCCGGGUUUGGAGGCAGCAGUCUGA